GCAGUGAAAGCCUAUGACGAGGAUCCAUAGGGGCGCCCAUGUUACAACGAAGAAAGCAACGCAUACGAGCCCCACCACCCACCUGAACACCCUCCCCCAGCGCCUCGCCCGCCUGUCUGCGCUUCGACCCCCGGGACCUUCUCUCCACGACGCCGCGAUUCCCUUAGAUGGCCGAGUAUUCGGUCUACCAAAGGGGAGCCGGCCAAACAUUCUAUCCGCAACACGCAACAAACAUUCGAAACCUCCCCAGCCGCGUGCGGUCACCCACCACCACCGCCCGCAUUCCCUUUGGUAAUCCCGACACCCCCUCUCCCUCGCGAUCGCCCGGACGCCAGCAGUCCCCCCAGCAGUUCGGCAUGUUCAACCAGCAACAUGGUCACCAGGCCCAGCAUGUUAUGAUGAACGGGCGCAACACCCACCAGAACUACGCGAUGCAGAUGAACCUGGCCGGCAAGACCUUCCCACACAACCAGAACCAUCAGCACCAUGGGCAGCACCACCAGCAACACCAAGACCACACUGGCGGCGCCCACGGCGGACAGUACAACCACCAGCACAACCUCUCGAGCGGCAACAUGUCCAACGCGCAGCCCCACUUCGGUCAGGCUCACAUGCAGAACGGCACACCGAACAGCGUUCACAGCGGGCUCAGCAAGCCGCCAAACGAGCAUUGGGCAGAGCAGCUGCGACUCGCACAAACGGCGCGGGAAAUGACACAGUCACACUCGCACGCCAGGAUCCACCCCAGUGUGAGCAAGAGUGUUGUCGCAGGAACGGGUAGUGGCUUGUCAAAGGAGCCGGACAAAGAAGAACGCAAUAGACCCGCGGUUGGAGGAGCGGCGGAUGGAAAAGGCGACCACAUCUGGACCAUUUUGGACUUUGGUGGCCAGAAUCUGAAAGUCAUCACGCCUGCGCUGUUCAACCACUACACCUUCCUCACGAAACUCUACGUCAACUGCAACAAGCUCUCGUAUAUCCCACAGAGCAUUGGACAACUACGGAACCUUACGCACCUGGAUCUGUCCCUCAACAACCUGCAAUAUCUGCCCCCGGAGAUUGGCAUGCUCGUCAAUCUGAAGCAGCUUCUCCUUUUCGACAACCAUCUCGACAAUCUUCCCUACGAACUUGGCUCUCUGUUCCAGUUGGAAAUGCUCGGCAUAGAAGGCAACCCGCUACCGGAUGACCUGAAGCAAAUAAUCAUGGAACAAGGAACAACAGAGCUUAUCAAGCACUUCCGGGAGAACUCGCAAGGACCAGAAGCGCCGUCUGAGCGAGAUUGGAUUGUGCUCGACGAGAUCCAGGAUCCAGACCAGGAGACUGUUACCGCGUUGAGCUACAACAUCCUUUGCGACAAGUACUGCACUCAAGCUCAGUAUGGCUACACGCCUAGUGCUGCACUCUCGUGGGAGAACCGGAGGGAGACAAUCUUGGGUGAACUGCGAGAACGCAAUGCCGACAUAGUAUGUCUGCAGGAGAUCGAUCAGGACAGCUUCAACGAGUACUUCCGCGAAGGCCUGGCCCACAACGACUACAAGGGAGUAUUCUGGCCCAAGUCUCGAGCGAGAACGAUGGCAGAUAGAGAAGCUAAGCUUGUCGAUGGCUGUGCUAUCUUCUACAAGAACAGCAAAUACAUCUUGUUGGACAAGCAGCUCGUCGACUUUGCUAAUACUGCCAUCAACCGACCGGAUAUGAAGGGAGAGCACGACAUCUUCAACCGUGUCAUGCCUCGUGACGAUAUUGGGGUUGUUGCUUUCCUAGAGAACCGCGCCACCGGCUCAAGGUUCAUCGUUGGAAACGUCCACGUCUUCUGGAACCCAGCAUUCACUGACGUCAAGCUCGUGCAAGUCGCUAUCUUGCUGGAGGGAAUCAAGAACUUUGCCAACCGAUGGGCGAAGUUCCCUGCAUGCAAAGACAAGGUCGUGUAUCGCUUCACGAACGGCGACACUGAAGACGGCAAAGAACCAGAUCCUACGCAAGAGCCUGGACCAUCUAAGGAGUAUUCGGACGGGACACAGAUUCCGCUCAUUCUGUGCGGUGAUUUCAACUCCCUACCCACAUCCGGUAUCUACGAUCUCAUUACAACCGGUAGCAUGUCCAAUGUUCACGAUGACCUCGGCAGCCGAAAGUACGGUAACUUCACCAGGGACGGUAUCUCUCAUCCCUUCAGUCUCAAGUCCAGUUACUCAUCGAUUGGAGAGCUGUCGUUCACGAACUAUACUCCGUCGUUCGUGGGUGUUCUGGACUACAUCUGGUACUCGACAAACACGCUGCAAGUUGUGGGACUGCUCGGCGACAUUGACAAAAACUACCUGCAACGAGUACCUGGUUUCCCGAACUACCACUUUCCCAGUGAUCACAUCGCGCUGUAUGCACAGUAUAUCGUCAAAGGUCGGAAAGAGGCGAAGAAGGUAUCCGAAGUCGAUUUUGGGCCAAGCUCAAACCGGGAUCGGAGAAACUGAGCCAGGUUGGGAAUCCUUCCAGCUCCGCAUGCAGCUCGUGCGCCUUCUCGACUGCAAUUCUCCGUGGCUGAGAAGCUUGUCAUUAGGCGCAUAUGCGGAGUUGUAUGUUGUUUUCAAGGCGUCCGUUUGCUCGGUGUUCGGUUUGCUCUUC